UAUGCAUGGAACCAAAAAGAAGCUCUACCAACGGAAAGCCACCCCAAGACAUCCAUAAACAACCGAAACUAUGAAAUAAUAUUCAGAGAUCAAGUAAAACCAAAGACCACAGAGAAGCCAAAAAAUCAGAUAGACAAAGAGCCAAGUACAAAGCAAUUUUGAGUUGGCUACUAGAUCCUUCAAGUAUCAUUUGCAACUAGAUGUCCUUUCGCAGGGUUGAGCAAGAGACCUGCCUUAACAGACGGUCCUGUAGGAGCUGAGAAGUAAAAAAUUAGAAACUAAGGGUAGCAUGUAUAGAACAAUGCUCUCUCUCUUUGUAAGCAAAGCUCUGUGGAGAAAAUAAGGAAACUAAUCCGCGUUUGAGGUUGGAGAGUAGAAACCAAAACAGGUCAGGAGUCAGGAUAGAAAAAGUCUCUCUCCUUGCUUGCGAGGUCGGAAUUGGAUACGAUGGAGGAUGACCAAGAGUGCACGAAGCGAAUAUGCAAUCGUAGCCAUCAAUACGUGGCAGCAGAUUCCUAACCUUAUGAGUUAAUCAAACGGCUAGAAAAAAUAUAGAUUGACCAAACUCCCCAGCCACACCCAGAAUUCACCGCCUCGUGGAAAACGUAAAGAACAAAAGCAUAACGCACUUGCUCGCCCUUGUGGACUAACCCCCGCUAAUCAGAAAUAGCAUUUUCUUCUCAACUUGGUAUAAAUCGUCAGUUUUUAGAUUUCAGAUCCAAAGGUAAUCCGUCUUAAGCCUCUCUCGGUUAGGUGGAAGAAGUGAUGAUGGAGAGCUUAGCGCAACUGGAAGAAUUGUGUGAGAGGCUGUAUAACUCGCAGGAUUCAGCUGAGAGAGCUCACGCGGAGAACACUCUGAAAUGCUUCUCGAUGAGCACUGAUUACAUCUCUCAAUGCCAGUACAUUCUUGAUAAUGCAUUGACUCCUUAUGCAUUGAUGCUCGCUAGUUCUAGUCUGCUCAAGCAAGUUACCGAGCAUAGCCUCUCGCUACAGCUCCGUCUAGAUAUUCGUAAUUACCUUGUUAGCUAUCUGGCCAACAGAGGGCCUAAGUUGCAGCCCUUUGUUAUCGCAUCUCUAAUCCAGCUGUUGUCUCGAGUUACCAAGUUUGGGUGGUUUGAUGAUGAUAGAUUUAGAGAAGUGGUUAAGGAGUCUACAAACUUCUUGAGUCAGCAGGCAACGUCAGAUCACUAUGCCAUCGGUUUGAAGAUACUGAAUCAACUUGUUUCUGAGAUGAAUCAGCCCAAUACAGGGCUGCCUUCAACAAAUCAUCGAAGGGUAGCCUGCUCCUUUAGGGAUCAGUCACUUUAUCAAAUAUUCCAAAUAUCUUUAACAUCACUGCGACAAUUGAAAAAUGAUGGUGCAAUUCGAUUGCAAGAGUUGGCACUUUCGCUUUCUCUCAAAUGUUUAUCAUUUGAUUUUGUUGGGACAUCGAUUGAUGAAAGUUCGGAGGAGUUUGGUACUGUUCAGAUUCCAUCAUCUUGGAGACCAGUUAUAGAGGAUCCAUCGACGUUGCAGAUAUUUUUUGAUUACUAUGCUAUUACAACAACCCCGCUUUCGAAGGAGGCACUGGACUGCUUGGUCAGGCUAGCAUCUGUACGUCGCUCUUUGUUCACAAAUGAUGCUGAUCGUUCUAAAUUUUUGGCGCGUUUGAUGACAGGAACCAAAGAAAUCCUGCAAACAGGACAAGGUCUUGCUCAUCAUGAUAAUUACCACGAGUAUUGUCGUCUCCUUGGACGUUUCAGGGUGAACUAUCAGUUGUCAGAGCUUGUGAAUGUAGAAGGCUAUGGUGAUUGGAUACAAUUGGUGGCAGAGUUCACUAUAAAGUCUUUGCAGUCUUGGCAGUGGGCCAGCAGCAGUGUAUACUUCCUCUUAGGGCUUUGGUCUAGACUAGUGACAUCAUUACCUUAUUUAAAAGGUGAUGCACCGAGUUUGCUUGAUGAAUUUGUGCCUAAAAUUACUGAAGGCUUUAUCACAUCAAGGUUUAACUCUGUUCAGGCUGGAUCCGCAGAUGAUCUCUCUGACAAUCCUUUAGACAGUGUUGAACUUCUUCAAGAUCAGCUGGAUUGCUUUCCUUAUCUCUGUAGAUUCCAGUAUGAAAGCAGUGGUUUACAUAUAAUAAACAUAAUGGAGCCUGUUCUGCAAUCAUACGCGGAAAGAGCAAGAGUACAGACCACUGACAGCAAUGACCUUUCUGUUAUUGAGGCCAAGCUUGCUUGGGUUGUUCAUAUUAUUGCUGCUAUUCUAAAAAUCAAACAGUCAACUAGCUGUAGUACAGAGUCACAAGAAGUGCUUGAUGCAGAACUUUCAGCUCGCGUUUUGCAAUUGAUAAAUGUUACAGACAGUGGGCUACAUAGUCAGAGAUAUGGUGAACGGAGUAAGCAAAGACUUGAUCGAGCGAUUAUCACCUUCUUUCAGCAUUUCCGGAAGUCUUAUGUAGGUGAUCAGGUUGCGCACUCAUCCAAGCAGUUAUAUGCUCGAUUGUCUGAGCUUCUUGGACUACAUGAUCAUCUGCUAUUACUGAGUGUGAUUGUUGGAAAGAUAGCUACUAAUCUGAAGUGUUACACUGAGAGUGAGGAAGUCAUUGAUCACACAUUAAGUUUGUUUUUGGAGUUGGCAUCUGGGUUAGUCUUACUGCCAUAUUUUUUGGCUAAAAAAAAAAUUCAGCCAUUUGUCAUUUUAUUCAUUAAAGUGUAUUUUGCCUCAACAGUGAUUGCUUGGUUGAUUGUCAUAUAUUUCUUGUUUAUUUGUUUGUUACUUCCUCUUUGCAGCUAUAUGACUGGAAAGUUGCUUUUGAAGUUGGAUGCUAUUAAAUUUAUAGUCGUUAACCAUACUAGGGAGCACUUUCCCUUUUUAGAAGAAUAUAGAUGCUCUCGUAGCAGAACAACGUUUUAUUACACUAUUGGCUGGUUAAUAUUUAUGGAGGACAGCCCUGUGAAAUUCAAGUCUUCAAUGGAACCACUUUCACAGGUUUUUAUCAGUUUGGGAUCCACACCUGAUUCAAUGUUUCGAACUGAUGCUGUGAAGUAUGCUCUAAUUGGGUUGAUGAGGGAUCUUAGAGGAAUAGCAAUGGCUACAAAUAGUCGCAGAACUUAUGGGCUUUUAUUUGAUUGGCUGUAUCCUGCUCAUUUGCCAGUUCUCUUGAAAGGCAUCUCUCAUUGGGCAGAUACACCAGAGGUUACUACCCCAUUGUUAAAAUUCAUGGCUGAGUUUGUGUUAAACAAAGCUCAACGUUUAACUUUUGAUUCUUCUUCUCCUAAUGGCAUUCUUCUUUUCCGGGAGGUCAGCAAACUUAUUGUAGCCUAUGGUGCCAGGAUCUUAGCUCUUCCAAAUGUCGCCGAUAUAUAUGCCUACAAAUACAAGGGAAUAUGGAUUUGUUUAACUAUUCUCUCUAGAGCUCUUGCUGGGAACUAUGUCAACUUUGGCGUAUUUGAACUGUAUGGCGAUAGGGCUCUUGCUGAUGCACUUGAUAUUGCUCUAAAGAUGACAUUGUCAAUUCCUUUGGCUGAUGUAUUGGCGUUCCGAAAGUUGACAAGGGCAUACUUUGCAUUCUUGGAGGUUCUGUUCAGCAGCCAUUUUGUUUUUAUAUUGAAUCUGGACACAAACACCUUCAUGCAUAUAGUUGGUUCUCUAGAAUCUGGUCUUAAAGGCCUGGAUACAAAUAUCUCAUCACAGUGUGCAUCUGCUGUUGAUAAUUUGGCUGCUUUCUAUUUCAAUAAUAUCACCAUGGGGGAGGCACCAACUUCACCUGCUGCAAUUAAUCUUGCUCGACAUAUUGUGGACUGCCCCAGUUUAUUUCCAGAAAUACUGAAGACCCUGUUUGAGAUUGUGUUGUUUGAGGAUUGUGGCAACCAGUGGAGUCUCAGUAGACCUAUGUUGAGCUUAAUUCUUAUUAGUGAGCAGAUAUUCUCUGAUUUGAAAGCUCAAAUUUUAGCUGCACAGCCAGUGGAUCAACCUCAGCGGCUUUCACUUUGUUUCGACAAACUGAUGGCUGAUGUCACUCGAAGCUUGGAUGCAAAGAACAGGGACAGGUUUACUCAGAAUCUGACUGUUUUCAGGCAUGAAUUCCGUGUGAAAUAGCUCGAAUGUUGCAUAUUGCUACCUGUUUAGGGACUGCAUUUUACCUCCAGAUACUGUGUUCGAAGAAGCCCAAGUACCUUACAUUAAUUUGACCAGUAAGCUUGGACCAUGUUUGCUGUUGGAGAGGAGCUUCUUUUUUAAGCAGUAUCUAUAUUUGUUGCCAAAUAAUUAAGAAGCAGAAGGUAAAAGGUUUGCAAUGAAGUUGUGUACGACUUUGUCUUUUUGUACAGUUUUCUAUUUUUCUUUUCUCAGGUUCCUUUUUGAAAGGAUACUGGAAGUGUAAUACACAAUGAUGAGGGGAUUACCAAAGACUUGCAGAAGCUAGUGGUGGGUUUGAUAGUAGUCUAUGUUUAGGGUAUUUAUUCUUUCUGAAACAAAGAUGUAAAUCAUUCAUGGGGAUUAUGUUUUAAAGGUGGUGACGAGUAGAUUUAUUUGUACAUUAACCUCAAAUAAUUCUUUUGUAUUUGUUGAUAAUAGAAAGAAAAGGAAUGAUAUUUUAGGGUGCAA